GGGCACAGGUGGGUGGCACUGGUGGGCACAGGUGGGUGGGCACAGGUGGGUGGGCACAGGUGGGUGGCACUUCUGGGCACAGGUGGGUGCACUGCUGGGCACAGGUGGGGGCACUGCUGGGCACAGGUGGGCGUAGCUAGUGGGCGCACUGCUGGGCAAAGGUGGGCGGAACUUGCGGGUGUCACUGCUGGGCACCGAUCAUCAGGGCACUGAUCAUCAGUGCCCUGAUGAUCGGUGCCGAUCCCCGCUCUGACAACUGCCGGUUCUCGGCAGUACUUUCCUCACGAUCUGACAGCGUGAGGAAAGUGCAGCCGAGAACCGCACUUGAAU